UCCCAACACAACAACCGCCUCCGAUCGUCCCUGGCCGCACAGCUCCAGCUCUUCACCUCCAUCUCUGCGCUAUAAAUUUAUAAUCUUUGGUAUUUUUUACCAUGGGCGCGUGCAACUCGUGCGAGUCGACGGCAGUGGCGGCGGUGAUGGGGGACGCCGCGGUCGGCGAGGCGACGGCGGCGAGGGUGGUGCUCGCGGACGGCCAGCUGCAGCGGUUCCCCGGGGGGACCCGGGCGUCGCACGCGCUCAAGGCUGCAGCCGCCGCCGCCGCCGGUGGCGCCGGAGGCGCGUGCUUCCUGUGCAGCGCCGACGGGCUCGAGCUCGGCGGCGCGGUGGCCGCGGUGGCGCCCGACGAGGAGCUGCAGCCCGGGCAGCUCUACUUCGUGCUCCCCGCGGCGAUGCGGCGCCGGCUGCUGCAGGCAGAGGAGAUGGCCGCGCUCGCCAUCCGCGCCAGCGCCGCGCUGGCUGGCGACCACGACGGCCCGCUCGUGUUCCCGGACUCGGCCGCCUGCACAGGCGGAGCCGCCGCGGCGAGGAAGGGGUCCCGGCGGCGGUCGCGGAGGACCUCCAGCCUGGGCCGGGACUUCGUGCCGGACCUCGGCGCCAUUACCGAGUAGCUGGCCAGCUCGCUGCUCGUCCGGCGAGGAUUGGGAUCGAACCAAACGCUCGGCGAGACGGGAAGGAAAAAAAAACACUCUAGUGUAGUUGUGUAUACUAAUCCAGCACCACCGGAGACUUUGACUAAUGCUAAUCUAGCAUAGCUUAGCUGGCUCGCUGUAGAAACUGUACGUUGUAGGGGAAGCAGAAAGAUGCGUUGGUAAUCGCCCAAAAAAAAAUCGCAAAAAUAAAGAUGCGUAGGCACAUUGCAUAUUCUGAUCCAAAGGCUGUUCUUCACAGGACGUCCAGGUCUCUUGUGUAUGUAUGGCUGACGGGUGGGUCCAAUGUCCCACGAGGCUAACUGUUCUACACUGUCACUUUCAAUGGGCUAUUUAUUUGA